UUCGUCAUUGUCUUCAUCGUACCGCUCAAUCGACCAAUCUUCCUCUUCUUCACUGUCUCGCCGUUCUCUUAGAACCCUUAUUGAAUCCUUUUCGCAGGAUUUGUUCGGUGAUCACUGACUGUCGUUUCGAGAGAAAAUCCUAAUGGAUUCUCAGGUUUUGGUCGCUCUCGCUCUUUCUCUUGUCGGCGGAUUGAGCACGUCGAUAGGUGCACUCGUUGUAAUUCUUAACCCAACCCCCAAUCUGAAGAUGCUUGGUCUUUUACAGGGUUUUGCUGCUGGUCUUAUGCUGAGUAUUUCUUUCUUUGACUUGGCACAUAAUGCUUUGAACUCCAUUGGCUUCUUGAAAGGAAAUCUUUGGUUCUUUGCAGGUGUUAUAUUCUUUGCUGUUGUUGCAAAUUUCAUCCCUGAACCAACCCUUGCUCCAAGUACAGAUGUAAGAAGUAAAAAGAACAAUGGUGAUGAUGGAGGUAAGGAUCUGAUGAAAAAGCAUCGCCGCCAAGUUUUAUUUAGUGGAAUUAUCACAGCAAUCGGAAUAAGCUUGCACAAUUUUCCAGAGGGAAUGGCAGUGUUCCUUGGAUCAAUGAAGGGACUUCGUGUUGGUCUUAACUUAGCCUUGGCUAUUGCUUUGCACAACAUCCCAGAGGGUGUUGCUGUAGCAUUACCUAUCUAUUUUGCAACACAGAGCAAAUGGCAGGCCUUCAAACUGGCAACGCUUUCUGGCUUUGCUGAGCCCCUCGGGGUGGUUAUUGUAGCUUACUUAUUCCCAAGCAGCCUAAGCCCUGAAAUUCUUGAGGGCCUACUCGGAUCAGUUGGCGGGGUAAUGGCUUUUCUCACUUUGCAUGAAAUGCUGCCAUUGGCAUUUGAUUACGCGGGACAGAAGCAAGCAGUCAAGGCUGUGUUCCUUGGAAUGGCUUUCAUGUCUGCAAGCCUGUAUUUUCUCGAGCUCAGCUUGCCCAAGGACAUGAGCUUGUAAUGGAAUCGUUGAUCAGCCCUUCAUAGCUUUUUCAUGUUUCAAAACAUUCUUUGCAGGCUAUUGAUGUGUUCAGAGGUCUUCCUCCUCUCUCCUCAUGUAAUCACCUAGAGCUUCUAUAAUGUGCAAUGUUGUCUUAUGAGAAACCAACUGUUGUCAUCUAUAUGGAAAUGUAUUUCUCCAA